UUCCAAAUAAAUAAUCUCAUCCAAAAACAAAUCAAGCGAAAAUCCAUCACAGAGCAUUCUUACAGGUCAUGGCACCACCUACCCUGCUGCUGCUCCUCCUCCUCCUCCCCUCCACUUCCUCCUCCACCCCAACCAACCUCCUCCUCACCGGCGACAUCCUCCGCAGCAACACCCAACUCUCCGCCCGCAACGCCGCCCUCAAACUCCACAACGACUGCAACCUCGCCAUCUACAACCCCACCCUCCACUUCCAAUCCAACACCCGCAACCUCCUCUCCACUAACUGCACCCUCACCCUCACCCACCGCGGCCAGCUCCUCAUCCAAACCCCCAACCGCUCCCCCAUCUGGUCUUCCUCUCCCCCCAACCACAUCGGCCUCUACGCCGCCCUUCUUCGCCCCGACGGCCACCUCUCCAUCUACGGCCCGUCGAUCUGGUCAACCCCCCGCCUCGCCUCCCCCGCGCCGACCAACCACUCGCCGACCAUUUCCCGCAACCACAUCUUCUCCUCCCAGGUUCUCUACGAUAACUCGAAGCUGGUGAGCGGAGAGUAUUCCCUGGUUAUGACGAAUGAUUGCAGUUUAGAGCUGGUUAGGGCAUCGGAAGGGGUUGUUUGGGAGAGCGAGACGAAGGGGAAGGGGAAGAAUUGCUUUCUAAGGCUCGAUCAGCGCGGCCAGCUCGCAAUCGUCGACGAGGGGUUGAAGAUCGUGUGGGCGAGCAAAGCGGGGGAUGUUGACGGGUUUUAUGUGCUGGUGGUGCAGAGCGACGGCCGGGCGGCGGUUUAUGGGCCGGCGAUCUGGUCUACUGCUGCUUCGAGUGUUUUAUAUUAAUUAGGGUUUUGUUUUUUGUUUUUACAUUUGGACGCGGGGAUUGGGAGCAGACAGUGGUUGCGGAAUAGAUGGGGGCUGAUGUGUAAUUUAGCGAAAAGUCUUCUUAUCCUGUGUCUGCGGUGCUUUUUUGCAUAAGUUUUAACUAUUUUUUUUGAUAGGUUGGCAUCUCG